ACCUAUGCCAUUCAUGAAUUCAAAUGUAUUUCAGUAUAUAUGUCAGCACAUGUAAAGCGACCACUGCAUGGGGCAAUUAUGACAUCUUUUGAGGCACCCUGGUUCUCAAGCAGUCAGAGGCUAACAGAUCAAACUGCCUCGCUAGAACACACUGUAAGGAAUUCUGCAUUGUUUGAUGCAGUCACAGAGGGGAACAUAUCACUAUGUGGUCAACUAGUCGAACAGCAUCCAGACAUGAUGAGCAAGAUGGGCCUUAUAGAGAUGUUCAACCUUACUUUGCCACCACUAUGUCAAGCCAUCAGAUUAGGACAUGUUGAAAUUGCAAUUAAGUUAAUAGAAAGUGGUGCUGAUGUCACACUUACUGAUAACUUUGGCUCAACCCCUCUACAACUCGCCAUAAAUCGCAGCAGUACAGCUAUAGUCAAAGCUCUGCUACAGGUGGGCUGUAAAGUGAACAAGGGAACAAAGGAGAACAAUUAUACACCACUACAUGCAGCUUGUGCCAGAGGAAAUAUAGAAAUUAUACAGCUUCUCUUAGAGUAUGGAGCUGAUGUUAAUCAAGUAGAGCUGGAUGAUCGCCUAACUCCUGCAUUCUUAACUUGUUCAGUGAAAAUAUUCGACAUUCUUUGGCAAUUUGGCCUUGAUAUUGACGCAACUACACGAUCAAGAGAAUCACUAUUACAUCACGCGAUCUCUCUUGGUAGUCCACAGUUAUUAGAAUGGUUGCUACUUCAUGGAGCUCGGAUGAACUCAAAUAAGUUAUCAUACAAGUUUUCCCCUAUGGAUAAUAUGUUACAGCGUGUUGAUAUCCAGAAUCCUCUUUCAUUGGCGCUGACUGAUCGCCAUUUUGAGAUGUGUAAAAGCCUCUUAAGCCAUGGCUGUGAUUUGGAAUACACACACGGAGACAUCCUCUUGCGGCUAGUGAAUAGUGGUGAUUUGGAUUUAAUCGACAUGGCAGCUGACACUAACGCCAAUAUACCAUUUCUGAAAUAUAUUCAACGUGAUCAACUCUGUACAAUGUUGGGACAAGACACUGUCCAAAUUAUAUGGGAGCGCAUCAAACAAGAAACAAAUUCAGUUUCUUCAUUGAAAACCUUGACCAGACUUGUAAUAAGAGAUAGUCUAAAGGAGCAGAGUGACUCUAAAAGUAUAUUACCUUUGAUUGAGAAUCUACCCUUUCCUCAACCCCUAAAGGACUAUUUAUCUUUUAAACAUAUGUUUGAAACUUGAAUGAAAUCAAUUCGUCACUCUGGAAUGUUCAAUAAGAAACAGUUACCCCAAUGGAGCCACUCGGAUUAUAUUCUUUGAAAAAGACCAAGAGUAUGCCCCGGGUGUAUGUUGGUAUGGGUGUCCAUAUUUUGAACUACAGUAAACACUCAUACAAGCUUCUGAAUAACAUAUGCCCUCGAUCAUUAUGGUAUGCCAUGACUGUCUACUCCAUGUAUUUCUGGACAACAUCUGUGAUUCAGCAGAUAAAGAUGCUGUGAGCAUCAGAAUGGUCGUAGAUAAAGCAAGUGUUAAAAUUGAUGGUAUUUGAUAGCGAAAAAUGGAAUUUUGCGAGAUGUGAAUAUGAAAUAAAUAUUUCGUUCUAUUGAGGGGAGUACCUAGGGAUCUUUCACUAGAAAUAUUCUUCAUCCCCUGAGAAUGAAAUAAUUGUUUUAUUA